AUGCACGCCAAUCGAAUCUACACUGCUGCUGCCGUUCACCUAACAGCUGUUCUCGAAUGCCUUGCUUCCGAGGUUUUGAAGGUGGCUGGGGAUGAGUCGGUAAAAGAAAAUAAAAAAAGGAUCCAUCCUGGACACUUGACACAGGCUGUGAAAAAUAAUGAUGAGCUGAUGCAGCUUUUACAGAAUGUCACAAUUCCAUCUGCUGAUGUGGCACCAAGGGGUGGAAAGUGGUAG